GGAAAGGCUGAAAAGCCAAACCAUGUUAUGGUUGACGAAGACAAUAUCAUACUUUUAACCUGGAAAUGCAUAGCAAAAUGGGUUUUGACUGUAUCUCCGAAUGGGGAUAUUGUUACACUCUACAAUGAAAUGGAAAGCGUUCUACCGAUUUUUAGUAUCUGA